UCGUCAUACGGAAUCUCAGUCAUACACAUCAAUUCCAUUUUAGAUGAGCAUUAAUUUGGUAUAUAAUACAUUUUUAUAUCAUCUGUAGUUUCAGCUCUACCCCCCUGGAAAAAUAUUAUUUCCAACCGUGUAGAAGGAAUCUACUACAACUAAUAUUUUGUUUUUUAGAAAGGAGUUUGCACCAGUUUAUAAGAAUGAUGAGGAAGUAACCAGAAAACCAACUGGAAAUUUGUUGGCGAAACGUUUUAAAUGGGAUGACGUGAACAAAAAGCAAGAAGACGUUCGAUAUAGUCCAGUGAUUGGGAAUAAUAACCAGCAGCAGCAGAACUUUGAACAUUCACAAAUACACGAACAGAUGCAGUACAAUCAACAACAAAUGGAACAAGUUUAUAAUUUUGAUGAUAGUAGAAAUACCACCGACACGAAAAUGAAAAAGAUCGACAUUCAUACACAUAUUUUACCAUCAAGUUUAACUGGUCAUCGUAAGCAAUUUGGCUAUAACGGUUGGCUGGAACUUAUUCAUCGUUCUGAUGGUAAAGUAGAUAUGAUAAAAGAUGGCGAAUUAUUUCGUGUUGUUGAGCCAAAUUGUUUUAAUGUUGAUGUACGUUUGAAAGAAAUGGAUGAAAACCAUAUACAAAUGCAAGUUCUAUCAACUGUACCAGUUCUCUUUAGCUAUUGGGCAAAAGGUGAAGACGCACUCGUUUUAUCUGAAGAACUAAAUAAUCAUAUUGCUGAUGUAUGUCGAACAAAUCCAGAACGUUUUAUUGGACUAGGAACAGUGCCAUUGCAAUCGCCAGAACUAGCUGUUAGAGAACUGCGUCGAUGUGUAGAACAAUUGGGAUUAAAAGGGGUUCAAAUUGGUUCACAUGUGAACGACUGGAAUUUAGACAAUGAACAAUUAGAUCCAUUUUGGAAAGAAGUUGAACAACUUGAUUGUUGUGUAUUUGUUCAUCCAUGGGACAUGGAUAUGAGCUCUCAAAGACAUCGAGAUUAUUGGUUGCCGUGGUUGUGUGCUAUGCCAUUUGAGACAACAUCAGCAAUUUGUUCAAUAUUAAUGGGUGGAAUAUUGGAAAAAUACCCAAAACUUCGACUCGUAUUUGCCCAUGGAGGUGGACAAUUCCCAUUUACCAUCGGACGAAUCGACCAUGGUCAUCAGUGUCGGCCUGAUUUAUGUGCAAAAAAAAAUUCAAAAACACCUUCAUCUUACAUUGGAAAGCUUUAUGUCGACUCAUUAGCACACGAUAAACGCGCAUUAAAAUAUCUCGUCGAUAUCAUGGGUAAUGAAUGUGUGAUGUUAGGAAGUGAUUAUCCUUUUCCGCUAGGCGAAGACCGGCCAGGACAAUUGAUUGUAGAAACUUUUGAAAAUGAUGAAACAUUGAAAGAAAAACUGUUGUAUAAAAACGCACAACGGUUUUUCAAACUGUAAAUGUUAUGAUUCUUUUUUGAAAAAUGACGAGUUUCAUUUUCACAAACAUUACUCAGCGCAGUCUCUUAGUAUUUUUGAUGCCAUUUUCGAGUAUUAUGGUGAAUACGGAUGUUUCAAUAAAGAACUUAUCACUGUAGUGAGUCAUGGGCCAACAAUCUCUAGCCAGCAUUUACUAUCCAUCAAAUCGCCAAAUGUCGGCUGAAUAUGAAAUGUAUCAUAUGCUGUCUGUAACGAGCUACGAUCAAAACUUCUAGCAUACGUGUUGAUUGUUGAAUGUGGUGCUACUACUUCAUUAAUCUGCUGAAUGUCACGCAUUCUUUAAUUAUCUAAAAGAACCAAAAUACAACAUAUAUAUAUAUAAAACUUUGGGAGCUAAAGUGAAAUACUGUAUAGGUCAGAGAAUGGUGAGGGACUACGUGAAAGAAUACCUUAAACAAAGAUUUUAACGGACAAAUGAUUAGAGUUUAAGAGGAAAACAAAAAAUGACAAACAGGGACAAAUACACUUAUUACACCCCCCUCAUAUAUCGACUAUUUCAGUUUAAAUAGCCUCUGCGGAGUUCACUGAGUGCAUUCUUAACAGUCUCUGAUCGAUAGAUCAAGGCAUAUAUGAAU